AUGGACUUCGCAAAUCUCAUUUUCCCUGCUAUGAUUCUAUUUGCUCUAACGGGCCCGCUGACGACCGUGUUUGCCUCCAAAGUCUUCCCGCCGCCGCCGCCGCCGCGCAGAGCCCCAUCACCAGGUCGUACCGCGCCUUGCACGGCAGCGUCUCGCCGUAUCUCAGCCCUACAUGAAGGCGCCCCAACGCCCAACCGUCAAACAAUGUGGCCGGCUGGCGUCCACGGCGCGCGGAUCUCAAAGCACGACGUGUUGGGCUGCAAGCAGGCCGAGCGCGUCGCCUUUUCCGCCGCCGCUCGGCCAUCCUACUCCCGCACUCCACAGUAG